AUCUUCAAUCUCGUAUCAGAAGACUACGGCUCCCACAAUCCCAAUGACCUAAGACCGUAGCCAUUUCUUGGGCCUAAGGACUACAGCUCCCACAACGCCAUGCUCCCUCAGACUCAGGAACUACAGCUGUCGCAUUAUCCUGAAUCGACUUCCCCCAAAGCCCUACCUUAGGGAUCAGAGAGAGCAGCGGAGAGCGCCGGCCGGGCCCUCCCGCCUCCGGACUACAUCUCCCAUGAUGCCUUGCUCCCACGCUUCUCCGCUCCGGUAGCCCAGGACCCAGCUCAGAAGAGGAACUACAGCCGCCACCACACCCCUCAGACUACGACUCCCAGCAGCCUCCUCGUCACGACAAACGGUCCCGCAGCCACAUCGGUUCCGCAGGCGGUGGCUGCAGCAGCUGAGGCCGUAGGAGCUGUUGGAGACGAUGGCGGCGGGAAGCGACUUGUUUAACCCCGGGACGGAGGAGGAGGGUCCGGGGCUCAGUGCCAAGACGCUGCUGCCCAAGCUACUGCCGGCAGGCUUAGCUGGCCGGGAGUGGCUGGAGCAGCGACGGGCCACCAUCCGGCCCUGGGGCCCCUUCCUGGACCAGCGGCGCUUCUCGAGGCCUCGAAACCUUGGCGAGUUGUGCCAGCGCCUGGUGCGCAACGUGGAGCAUUACCAAAGCAAUUACGUCUUCGUCUUCCUGGGCCUCAUCCUGUACUGCGUGGUCACGUCCCCCAUGCUCUUGGUGGCCUUGGCCGUCUUCUUCGGAGCUUGUUACAUCCUCUACCUGCGUACCCUGCAGUCCAAGCUGGUCCUCUUCGGCCGAGAGGUGAGCCCAGCACAUCAGUAUGCCUUGGCAGGGGGCAUCUCUUUCCCCUUCUUCUGGCUGGCUGGAGCUGGCUCAGCUGUCUUCUGGGUCUUGGGAGCCACUUUGGUGGUUAUCGGGUCCCAUGCAGCCUUCCACCAGCUGGAGGCGGCCACCGAAGGGGAGGAGCUGCAGAUGGAGCCUGUGUGAAGGCCCCCCACCCAGAGCAGGGAGGCCAGAGCCAUGGAGACCAAGCCUGCUGGCCCCCUCCUGUGCCCAACCUUGCCAGCCUUGCCUGGGGCCUCCCUCCAGGAGAGCAGAUGGAGAGUUUGGGAGCCUGGCAGAGGGGAAACAUAGUCUGAGAAUAAAGUCCAGCCCUUUGCAUAGGAGUGUGGCCUUGGCCAACACCCUGCAUUGUGUGCCCAUCAAUAGCA